AUGCGCGUGUGCUACGUCCUAUUAGCUGCCGCGGCCGCCCUCCUCGCAAGCCACCAAGUUGUCGCCAUUUCAAGUCGCGCGGAAGUGUCAAGAGUGGCUGCAAACGAAGAGAUCCAGUCGAUCGACGCUGCUCCGAACACACAGGCUGCUGAGGACCGGCAAAGCUGCGGACGAAGAGAGAUUGCUGCCCCUAGCAAUUUGGGGCUUUCCUCGGGAAAACGGAGGAUGCCAUCAACAACAGGCGAGCUACCAGAAUAUCGAGACCACGUGCUGAAGGCAUUCGACGAGGCAGGACAGUUGAAGUCGCUCAGGCCUGCUUGGACUGAUGGUAUUUCUGUGGUUGCGGAUGUUGGUGAACGAUCCGCCCGAGCGUCCAGUCGGGUGAUCGCUCCCACGGGCGCCCCGCUCCAGCAACCCAAGAGUCAGAAGGAAAACGCUGCUACUGAUGCCACCACCGCGGCUGACGGCGAUGCUCCCAAGAAGGGAAGAAGCUGGACGAGCAAAACGGCCCAUGCAGGCACAGGCGACUCCGAUAAGGCUGGAAGCAAGCAGAUAAGCAAUCAUAAGGCAAGCUGCAGCCGCCCCGUCGGAUGCUGA